AUGCCCAACAAUUUCGAAGCCGCGCUGAAUCGCCUGACGUCCGUAGAGAAGAAACUGGAGAAGGAUCCAAAUUUGAAAGAGCGCUACAAGCAACAAAUGGACGCACUGGUAGCGAAAGGAUACGCCGAAGUAGCUCCGUCAACGGGGACGAAGGACCGAACCUGGUACCUGCCGCACUUCGGCGUAACACAUCCGAUGAAGCCGGACAAGAUUCGCAUCGUGCACGAUGCCGCUGCGAAGACCAGGGGGAAGAGCCUCAACGACUUCCUGCUCACCGGCCCGGACCUGCUGCAGUCUCUGCCUGGAGUGAUGAUGCGCUUCAGGCAGCACGCCGUCGCCGUCUCAGCGGACAUCACGGAGAUGUUCAUGCAAAUAGGCGUCCGAAGCGAGGACCGCGACGCGCUCCGGUACUUGUGGAGGGAGGACCCUUCACAGGAGCCUACAGAGUACCGGAUGAAAUCUAUAAUCUUUGGCGCGACAAGCUCACCCGCGACCGCCAUCUACGUGAAGAACGCCAACGCGGAGAAGUACCGACUGCAGUACCCGGACGCCGCCGACGCAAUCGUACGCAACCACUAUAUGGACGAUUACCUGGGAAGUUACCGGACAAGCGAAGACGCGAUCAGGAUCGCAAAUGAGGUGAGGGCAGUACACCGGCAAGGCCAUUUCGAGUUACGCAAAUGGACCUCGAACAACGAGGAGGUACGGUGCCACAUGACCGACGAGGCCCCACCUACAAGUGUGACGCUGUCCGAUGGAACGGAAAUAGAACGAGUACUUGGCCUGGUGUGGAGACCUCCUGAAGACGUCCUCGCCUUCAAUCUGGACAUGGCACGAAUCCCAAAGGAAGUCUUGGAGAGCAGCGCGCCUACGAAGAGACAGGCUCUGCGAAUAAUGAUGUCCGUCUACGACCCCCAAGGCAUCGCAUCACCAGUCACUGUCGGAGCGAAGAAGAUCCUGCAAGAGACGUGGCGCCGAGGGACGGCGUGGGACUCCCCCCUCGAUGAAGACCUCUGCGCGAUGUGGAGAGAGUGGAUCGACCACUUAAGACGCCUGCGCGGCGUCUCAGUGCCGCGCUGCUAUCCCGGCUACUCAGACGCCGCCAACCUCCAGCUCCACACAUACGUAGACGCCAGUGAGUCCGCCUACGCCGCCGCGUUAUACUGGCGCGCCGAAAUGCCCGACGGGGAGAUCAGGACCUCCCUCGUACUCGCCAAAGCCCGAGUCGCGCCCUUGAAACUCACCUCGAUACCGCGCCUCGAGCUACAAGCUGCCGUGAUGGGCAGCCGCAUGGCCGCGGCUGUCACAGAGGAACACGACAGAAAACCAGACGCGAGAGUGUUCUGGACAGACAGCGCCACCGUAUUGACCUGGCUACGAACGGGGUCGAGGUCGUAUCGACCGUUCGUCGCUCACCGCAUUGCAGCGAUAGAAGAGAACAGCACUGUGGAGGAAUGGCGCUGGAAGCACUACGUGGCCAUCUUCACAUGCCUCACUACGCGUGCGGUACAUUUAGAACCGGCAGCGAGCCUCAGCACGGACUCAGCGGUGAUGGCACUCCGGCGCAUGAUCGCGCGCCGGGGAGCUCCGACGGAAAUAUGGAGCGACAACGGCACCAACUUACGAGGUGCCGACAAGGAGCUGCGCCAAGCUAUGGACAAGGCGACUGAGCAUGAAGCGAGCUUAAGAAUUAUACAAUGGCGCUUCAUCCCACCGGGUGCGCCUUUCAUGGGCGGCGCCUGGGAGAGAAUGGUGCGGGCGGUAAAGGCCGCGCUCUCGGCCACGGAACAGCCGAGGCACCCGACGCCCGAAAUAUUUCACACUCUGCUAGCUGAAGCAGAAUUCACCGUGAACAGCCGACCUCUCACUCACGUAUCGGUGAGCGCCGACGAUCCCGACCCUCUGACGCCGAACCACUUCCUGCUGGGAGGCCCGGCGCGAGUCCCCGUGCCGGGCAAAUUUGACGACGCCGACCUCAUAGGGCGCGCACACUGGCGCGCAGCACAACGUCUGGAGGUUUACCCGGGGGCCGACGGCAUCACUCGAGUGGUCGACGUGCGCACCGCCGGCGGUAUCCUGCGACGCCCGGCGAAGAAGAUUAUCGUGCUGCCCACGAUGACCGCCGCUCACCAGGGAGGAUGCAGCGACGUGAACGACGCUGCACGGCGGGAGGAUGUUCGCGACGGGCAUGAAUAA